UCAAAAAAUUCAUAAGGACUAUACUAACUUUGGAUCCAGAGGAGGGCUGGGCCGGGGCCUGGGUUGGCCACCCCCUGGAUCCGCCAAUGUUCUACCUAGAAGUGGAAAAUGGGUAAAAUCGUAAAACGUAGAAUCAAAGCGUAAAAGCGUAAGUUUUUUACGCAAUCUCUACAAUAGCUAAAAUAUGUUAAGUACAACAUAUAGUAUCUAAAAUGUGAGUGUGUAGAUUUUAGAUAAGUGAAUAACUACAUGAAAUUCAUAAUUAAAAUGUAAUAUCUAACACAUAAACUAAUUUGUGCUUGACUCAAAAGUAGAGAAAACUCAUAUCUUAAUAAUAAGCUCAUAAAUGUAGAUCGUAACCCGUAAACGAGCUUGAGAAUCCAAAUUCUCACAAGCUGGUUUGAGUUUACAUAAUUACAUACGAUCAAUUACCCAUAAACUUUUAUCGUAAACCAGGUAAGAGCCACAGGUGAAGAUUAAGGAAGAAGACUGAUAGAAGGUCAACGACUGUUGAGAAUACCAUUAAGUGUCUUUUCAACCUAAUGUGAAGCCCCUAUCUCGACACUAGUUUUAGAACGAUUGAUGAAUCAUGUUUUCCUUUUUUUAUUUUUUGCUGAUACGUCUCCAAAUUACAUCAUUUUGGGCCAAUUAGCACAUUUUUAUGAGAGGAUCAAAAUCGUAAAAAAAACGCUUCAGAAUCGCGAUUUUACCGAUUUUACCCAUGUCUUUACCAAUUUUUGUGACUAAGAGACUUUAGGUAGAAACUGAAACGUUUUGGUGGCCUGGAUACGUAAAAACGUAAGUUUUUACGUUUUAAUGCGCGAUUUUGACUGCAUUUGACUGCACUGGUGACAAUAAUAACCACUUUUGAGGAAAUACCAAUAAUAGCCAAAAAUUUGAAAGUUCAAUGACAAUAAUAGCCAUUUCCGUUACAUAGUUUAAUGGCGUCAGUGACACCGGUAGUCAAAAACUUUGGAAAUGUGUUAUCUUUUUUUUUAUUAAUUACAUAAAUAAACAAAAACAAAAGAGAUGAACUCUCCAUCUCUUAAUCCCUUCUUCAUCUUCUCUGAUCCAACUCCCUGCCUACAAUUUUAUCGAUCGGCGAACCAAGCGCCCGGCAAACCCUGCUUCUCCAGAUCUGAUAUGUCUUCUCUGGUUCUUGUUCUUCGACGAACGAAACUCAGCCACAGACAAGCUGAAAAUGACCACAGCCAGAACUUUUACCUUCAACAUCAUGCCGCUUCAGUUCUCAAUUCCUAAGAGAAAUGGGGAAUCAAUAUAGAGAGCGAAGGAGAAGAAGAAACCACCACCCCCGCCUCCGCUGUUCCUCGCCAUCCACGUCGUCGCAGCUCAGCGCCAUCCUUACAUGAAACAUCGCCUCCGACGAACCACUUUCCUCUUUUGCCUUCCGCCGCCGCCGCUAGUCGCUUCACCAACGUCGCCCCUUCGUCCGCGUCGCCUCCGACGAAUCACCUUCCUCUUAUGCCUUCCGCAGUUGCCGCUAGCCGCUUCCGGUUUCACAGAUCUUGAACAGCCCCAGCCAUCGGAAGCAAAUCGACGUGGACUGAUCUCCCUCUUCAUUGUCGUUGACUCCAAAAUCGAGACCGGCUCCACGAUUUCUUCAAAUCCUUUCAUUCAACAAUUCCGCCACCGCUCGAAUGACCUGGGAUUGGACCUGGAAACCCAGUGUUCGCCUCUCCCUCACUCAAAAACUGGGGAGAUUUGAAGAGGAAACUAAAAUCGUGGACAAAAAUUAGGAUGAUUGGAGUUGGGGAUUUUAAUGGUGGCGAUAAAAUUGGCCAAGGAAGAGUGGAUUAAAGGAGGUGAAGGGAGCGACAAAUGGAAAAAGAAGGUGGACGGAGUGGGUCGAGAAACCCGGAAACCCAAAAUUGAAAACCCCAUUUUAGUUGAUUGAUUUGUUCUCAAUAAAGAGAUAAUUUUUUAUAAUUUUUUUAUUAAUUCGAUUAUUGUUUUUCCUCAAAACAAAAGGGGAAAGUUUUUAUUGUUUUCGUGAAAACCCCAUUUUAUUAAUUUGAUUAUUGUUUUUCCACCUAACAUUAUUUUUUAAUAAAAUAUGCCACGUCAGCUUCUGUUGUUAGUCCAGUCAGCACGUUAACUAACAUCGUCAAACAAUUGGACGGAAGUGGCUAUUUCUGGUAUUUCGCCAAAAGUGGCUAUAUUUGGCAAAAACGUCAAAGUUUUGGCUAUACAAGUGUAUUUGGCCUUUUCAUUACUACAACUCGAUAUCAACACAAAUAUAUAUACAGGAGUGUAUAUGAGCAAUUUGCCACAUCAGCUGCCGAGAAGCAGCCCCUAAUUUGCGGAGGGAUAUUUUUGACAAUAGCCACUUUUACUAUGGUGAAAUUAAUCAGUUGUAACCGAGCCUCACUCUGCCAACUUUGGGCCCGUUAGUUAGGCCUGCUAAAGGAUAAAGGAGAAGCCAAGAUUAAAUGCUACUUGCCCCUAGCAGACCGAUUUGAUUCUAAAGGAGGGGUGCAAAUCCAAUGGUCGGAGCUCAGUCCUCUCAUUUGGGUCAUCAUCAUCGGACAACACCCUCCGGGGCGGAGGGAGAGGGUUAAAUUAGGUUUAAAUAAGAAUAGUUCAUCUUUCAAAUAUUUGGUGCAUAUGAUUCACCCAAAAUUAAAGAUGUAUUUAUUCAACGUUUACAAUAAAUUUUCACCAAAUCAUAUCUAAUUGUUAAAAAUAAUUUUAUUUCAAUCAGGGGUAGGGAGAGUGUAUCGGGUGGUUUUUUGAGAAUGAGUAAAUUAGUAUAAUAGUUUACUCAUAGUUUUAUUUCAAUCAGCGAAAAUGAGUAAAUUAGUAUAAUAGUUUUUUCAUAGUGUGUAUAAUAGUUAAUUGAGAAUGAAAUUUUGAGCACCUCUAAUUGAUAAUGAUUGACCGAGAGAUUUGCAAAAAAUUUAACCAAAUAUAAGUUGGUUUUGGUUCGCGGGGGAAGUGGUAGUAAAUACUAAAUAGUAUUAGAUUCAUUAUUAAAUAUUUCUCAACAACUCGACUUAUCGAUACUAAACGGUCUUGACAAAGAACAUCAUUCAAAAGUAAAUGUCUAACUAAAUCAUGAAUAAUUGUUUGAUACACAUGGAGCGAUAUUUUUUAUAGUUUUGAUAUAUAUUUCAAUUGCCAAUUUUUGUAAAUACAAAAUUAUAUCAUGAAUGAUUUAAAAAGUUAACAAAACUAUUUAUUGUAUGUAUAUUUUUUAAAAAUUGACUCACCCACAAUAAAAUACCGACUACACCCCUGCUGUUCGUGACACCAAUAGCUUCAUACUGCGAUCAAAAUUACAACUCCCCCAUCGAGCAAAGCGAUUCAUGGAUUGUGUCAAGCUAUGACACAGAGGAGGUUUUCUGUAAAAGGAUUGCUACUUUCUUUAAAAUUAGGCGCCAAACAACUGAGGGAACUUUGUCAUAGUCACUCUGUGUGUGAGAACAAUAGUACAAUUUAAUGAAAUAGCGCUACAGCUGGAAUGCACCUGUCAUCUUGAUAAUUACAAUCAUUUAUGUUGGGAAAGAUAGAGCGUGCAAUGGUAUGAAGGAGUUCAGCCUCCCAUUCUCAUCGCCCAUCGGGCCCCAAACUAUAUGCAAACAUGGACAUCCCACAAGUACAUUGUAGGGAACACUAAGAAAUAAAAAAAUCCUAA